AUGGUCCCCGGGGGCGGCGCGUUCGACCGCGCGGGAGGAGGCGACGAUGACAUCGUGAGCCUCGCGCCGUCCACGUCGACCCUGGCGGGCGACGACGACGCGCGCGUGAGCGCGCGGCGCAAUCACGACUCGCCCCCGAGAGAUCUUUCCCGUCAUCAGAUCCCCCCGUCCACCUCGCGGUCGCAUCGCUCGGGACUCUCGGACGGCGGAAGCACCCGGCCGUUCAGGGCGUCCGUCUCCGCACCCGCACGCACGUGGCGCACGCGUGCGCUCUCCCUCAUCGUCGAGAGCGACGGCGCCACGAGCGAGUGGGUCCUCCGCGUCGACCCGUCGCAGCUGUCAUCCCCAGACGAACGCGGCGACUCGGUGGGAUCCACUCUGGUCUUCGGGGGCUUCGACGCGACGAGGUUACGCGUCCGCGCGGGUCCCUCCCGGGCGCCGAGGGAUGCGGGUAACGCCGUCGACGCGGACGACCCACCCGGGGGGGAAGAUCCCGGGGUGCGAUGGGUGUCGCUGACGCGCAUGGGCGGCGGAUCGGAAGAGAUUCCGACAUUCUUCUAUCGCGUCGACGACGACGCCAGCCGUGCCGACGACGACGACGCCGUGACGAUGUCGUUCGCGGUCGCCGACGGGAUGGGCUCGUUCGGGUCGCCCGUCGGUGCCACGACGAUAUCGUCCGCGUCCGUCGCGGCGAGUACCGCGGACCCGUCACAGCUGGCAUCCGAAGUCGAGGACGAGAGCGAGUCACCCGACGUUUAUAGAAUAUCGCCGUGGAUGCCCGGCAGCGCGGCGUCGUCGCUGAGGGAUCCGACCCCACGCGUGCACAGACCGACGGAUGGUGGCUCGAAUGUACAUCUAACCCCGGGACCCGAGGACGACACCCCGCGGCGUCUGACGUUUGAACGCGACGGUGACGAUAUAUACGGGGACGAUAUAACCGGGGGCCAACAGACAGAAUCGCCCCCGUCGGAGGGAACCGCGCUGCUCGCGGCGGUCAUGGCGGAGGUGUCCACCCCGAGCCGUUUCACCGGCGUGACAAACCUGACGCAACGCCUGGGCCUCGGCGCGGUCGGCGCGGUCGCGGUGGCCGACACCCCGUCCUCGGUGCGCCAGGCGACGAACGGCGAGGUCUUUCCGGAGGACGUCGAGUCGAGUUUCGAAAAGUCCUUCGACGGGGGGUACGGCGGCGAGGACGUCGAGGCGGCGAUCGACGCCGGCGAGCAGGUGCUCACCCCGACGCUCGCCCGGGCCAUGCGCAGGGUCGGCGCCGCGUCCACGUCACCGUCCACGUGUUCUUCCACGUCGGCAUCCACGUCAGCGUCCGCCAGGGUUCCGCUGCUGGACGCGUGGAGAACGGAGCGGACGACGAGCGCCGCGUUUCGGGUGUGGCGGAUGUCCGCGGUGUUGACCAAUCAGGAACGCGAACGCGCGACGCUGAUUCGCCUGCGAAACGAGGCGAUCGCGGCGGGGAUCCCGCCGUCGCCGAUCGCGACGCUGCUCGGCGGAAGCGCGUCGGAAGCGCCGAGCUCGCCGACUCCGUCGUCGGCGAGCGGCGGGGCGCGGGAGACUUUUUCGUUCGGCUGCGAAGCGGCGGCGUUCACCCCUCCGUCGUUAGCGUCGUCAGCUCGGGAGGGACCCGACGCGACCGCCGCCUCGUCGGCGUCCGCCGCGACGCAGACCCCGACGUCGGUAACGGCGGACGCCGCGGAGGACACCGAGGACGCCGCGGAGGACACCGAGGACGCCGCGGAGGCUGCGAGAUCCGCGGCGAAGCUCAGGCGACUCGGGGAGAACGUAUCGUCGAUUCGAGCGGCGGCGCGUUUGGAAGAGAGCGACGCGAUCAGGCGCCGCGAGCGGGAGACGCGGCUCGUCGCCUCGUGUCAGACGAAGACGCGCCGGAGGAUAGCCGGCACGACGCUUCGCGCGUGGUGGGCGGCCGCGUUUAGGGAGGUCACCGCGCGCCGCCUCGCCGCGGCGGCUCGUAUAGCGGCUGACUGCCACGUUCUCGCCGCGGAGGGCGCGGCUCGCGCGGACGCGUUCAUCGCGCACGCGCAUAAUCGAGCGGUACGGGCCUCGAACGCUCGCUCCGUGACGCGCGCGUUCGAAACCUGGGCAAACGAGGCUGCGAAGACGGCGUCGCUGCGAAGGAGGCUCGCUUGGGGAAAGGUGUCCACGGAUUGGCGCGAGAAGCGGAGCUCGUUUGCGCGUUGGGUACGGUUCGUGGACGAUUCCAUCGCCGCGAACGAGGCACGUCUCGUGGCGGUGACCAGAAUACUGACCCGAGUCUUCGCCAGGGCUAUGCGCGAGGGCUUCACCGCGUGGAAGACGCGCUCGGAGGACGCGAGACGCGCGAGGCGCAACGCGAUCGUCGCAUUCAAACGGUUCGCGGCGAGGAAAGAGGCGAGGUUUGGCCGAGAGAUGACGCAGGCGUGGAGAACCCACGUCAUGGAGGGAAUCAGUCGACGACGCGCGGUCAUGACGCGCCUCGACGCCGAAGACAGGACCGCGCUGAACGCGUUCAGGCUGUGCGCCCGGAGCGAGCUGCGUCGGCGUCGCGACCGCGUUCGACGAUGGCGAACAUUCGCCGUCGUUCGCCGCUUACGUCGCGAACUCUUCGCGUCGGCGCUCUCGAAUGUGAGGCGUCGUUGGGACGAAUCGGUCGCGAACGCUCGCCGCGCCGCGCUGGGCGCGUGGCGUGCCGUCGCGGCGAAGGCGUCGAGGCGAAGGCGGAACGCGGAGCGCGUCGAGUGGGCGGUGGAUUUGUGCGUGCGUAGCGCGACUCGUCUCGGCCCGCGUCGGUGUUGGCGCGACGAUUAUCGGUCCGUCGUCGCCGACGUCUUCGCCGGAUGGAAACUCGCGGUCGCGUCCGCCCACACCGCGUCCAAACUCGUGCACCAAACGGCGACCGCGAUGGCGCGUCACCGCGCCGAGAGGGUCAAGCGCGAAUGCGUCCGCGCGUGGCGCGACUGGCACCGCGAACGAGCCGCCGAGUGGGAUCGCGUGCGACAGAUUCGUCGUUCGGAGAUUGCGGCGUUCACGCACCGUUUCAACGCCCGUCUCCGCGCCCGUCGCGCCCAGUUCCGCGCCUGGCGUCUCGAGACCAAAACAGGCGCCCUCACGCGCGAGCGGCGGUGGCGAAAGGUGGCGCGGGUCACCGUCGGCGUCGCCGUUCGGGACGGCGCCGCGAGGACGAUGCUCUUCGCGCGCGUGUUUCGCGAUUGGCACCGAUUCUCUUUCGCGUCGGCGAGGGAACGCAGGGACGCGGAGGCGCACGAUCUCGAGCUCGCGCGCGUGUGCGAGACGCGCGUGUGCGACAGGUACCGUCGCGAGCCCUUCCGCGGGUGGCGGCGGCUGACGUGGACCAACGCGGCGGAUCGAGCCGUCGCGGCGUACGCAAACGCCGUUCGACGUAAAUUGAGCAACCACGCGACGCGGAUGUCGCACGGGAGGCGUCGAGAGGGGGCGCGGGGGACGUUGCGCAGGUGGCGCGAGGCGGUCGAGAAGGAACGCGUGAGGAGUUUGGUCCACGCGCGCGCCGAGGCGAUGCACACGCGGCGCGCGGUGCACGCGCCGCGCGCCGACGCGUUCCUCGCGUGGCGAGUAGUAACCAAAGAGACGGCGGGAUUCCGCGAAAAGUCGUACGCGGCGAUGAACAGGCGCACGCGUCGAAGGACGCGCGCCGUGUUCCACGCGUGGCACUUACGCGCCGUCUCCAUCGCCCGCGCGUUCGUCAUCUUGCGUUCGCUGGCGAGGGUGGAACGCGCGCGGCGGGGUUUCCUCGACGCUUCGGACUCGUUCCGGGGCUGGCGCGGGGCGGUAUCGCGGGCGGCUUCCUCGAGGUUCUCCGCGGCGUUGACGGCGCGGGCGGCGCGACGCCUCGCGCGGGACUUGGCGUCGCGAAGGCUCCAACGCGUCGUGCGCGUGUGGUACGCGAUCGCGGGCGCGGGCGUCGCGCACCCGGAGCGGCGCAGGGCGCACGACGUCGCCGUCGCCGCGCAUCGGAAAGCAACGAGCCUCAAGCUUACGGCUCGAGCGUUUGCGUCAUGGCGCGUCGCCGUCGAGCGCGGAGCCGUUACGGCCGUUACAGCCGACGCGACGCGCGUGAAAUGCGCCGCGGUGGCUGGAUGGCGCGCGCGACGCGUGACGCGCGAGGUGUUCUGGGCGCUGGUUCGUGCGGCGGAGCGCGGCGCGCGGUUUCGUGCACAGCUGUGCGCCGUCGCUCGAGAUUCGCUCAUCGCGUCUGGUAAAACUUUUCUUCGGCGUUGGCGAGAAAUGGCGAUGGCAUCAAUGGAGGCGAGGCGCACACACGACGCGCUCGAGACGUUGCGUGCACGGAGCGAACGGCGUGACGCGUGGCGUCGUCUCGCCACGUGGCGGCGCGCGGUUCGCGCGAGUCGAACGUUGACCAAUCGGGAGGCUCGAGCCGACCGAUUCGCGGCGCGGCGGCGGCGCGUGCGGUGCCUCGCGCCGGCGCUGAGCGCGUGGAUUGCGUUUGCGCGCGCUCGGACCGCCCAAAGGGUCGUCAACGAGCGGGCGCUAGUGUCCGCGGCCAGGCUCCGUGCGAGGAUCGAGCGGUCCACGACGCGUGGGGUGUUCGAGGCGUGGUUGGCCGUUACAAAGGCGUUACGAAGGCUCGCGUACGACGUCGCGGCUUUCGCCGAAGACAGAAACGCGCGGACGCUCACCGACGUCCUGGCGACGUGGCGGUGGCGAGCCGUCGCUUCGACGGAGGCGCGUCAGUUCGCGGUGACCCUCGAGAGGCGCGCCGGCGUUCAGUGUGUCCGCGCGUGGCGAAAACACUGCGUCGACAAGUCUGCAGAGUGCAGAAGCCUGAGGCGUCGAUACGCCAGGGUGGUGACGAGGCGAAUGGCUCGGCGGCUGCGCCAGUGGCGAAUCAACGCGGUUCACGCCAUCGCGGCGAGGGGUUCGAUCGCGGCGGCGAACGCGCGGGUGAUGGAGCGCGCCAUCAACGAGCGUUACGAGCGUUACGUCUUCCACGCGUGGCGGUGGCACGUGGCGUGGUCCAACGGGUACGCCGAAGCCGUUUCGCAGCUGGAAGACCUUCGGAACCGGGACGCGUCGCGAGCCGUUUUUUGUCGCUGGCGUUUUGCCGCCAACGAUGCCCGACGGCUCGCGGCGUGCGAGCGCCGCGUGGCGACCCGCCGCUGGAGAUCGAUAAAGCUCGAAUGCGUGUGGGCGCUGGCGAUCCACGCGAGCCGAUCCAGGCGGCUGCGAAGCUUCGCCGCGAGGCACGGGCGCGCGCCGAGCGCCGCUUCGACGAUGACGCCGAUCGUCGUGGUUUCCCGCGUCUUCGCCGAAUGGCGUAGUCGGGCGGCGGAGGCGGCGGCGGAUCGCGAGCGGGAGGCUCUCGUGGCGCGCGGAGCGACGGCGCGCGCGAGGCGCUUGAAGCUGCCGCCGUGCGUCCGCGAGUGGCGCCGGGUCGCGCGCGAGGCGGCGCGCGCGGUUUUAGCGGCGGAGACGAGGUUCGGCGCGAAAACAGAGGCUUUGAAGUUUCGAGCGUUUCGGGCGUUUAUCGCGUCCGUUUAUCGCGCGAAAGACGCUGCGAGCGCGCGUGAACGGGAGCUGACGAGGGCGAUGGAGGUGAGGUCGCGGGCGAGGGAGGUGCUGGCGGAGGCGGAGAUGAUCGCGAACCGGACCUCCGUCGAGUUUGACCCACUUUGCGCCGAGCCCGCCGAGGUUGACGCGACGGACGAGGUUGACGCGGUGGACAGAGUCGCGGCGGCGGCGGCGGGUAUCGCCGCGUUACCCGCGCCGCCGCCGCCUUCGCCGCCGCCUUCGUCUCAUCUCCUUCUUCAUCCUCCAGUCGUCGCGCCCGCGGCGACGAUCGAGUCGAUCGACGAGAGCGCAAUCUUCGACCUCUCCGCGGACGAACAGGACGUCUCCAUCGCCGACGACGACGACAAAAAUUUGACCCCCCGGGAUGCCCCAAACGAGAAGGAGAAGGAGGCGGAGGCGGCGGUGGUGGCGGUCGCCCCGCCGUCCGCGCACAGCAGGGAGUACGAGGUCGCGUACAAGGCUGCGUACGACGCCGCGCUGGCCGCGGCGGAGGCGGAAGCCGCCGCGCUUCGAGCCCGACUCGCCGACACCCACUACGACGCUUCGCGACCGGUGACAAACCGGAACACGCAUCUGUCACACGUUUUGGACGACAAGGAGAACGCGGGGGGACGCGAGAACGACGCGGGAAAACGACGCACCGGCGCGUCGUCCCACUCGUCGUUCGCCUCGGUGACUUACGCGAAGGUGUAUCACGAAGGUGUAUCGUCGACGGGGGGGACCGCUCGGGCGCCGGGGGGUACCUUGGGCGACGCGAUGCUCGGACCGGUUCGCGGCGCGAGGACGGCGAAGGCGCUUCGCGCGGCGGAUGCCAUCCUGGGGAGACACGAGAGGAACGACGGGUACGGGCACGGGUCCGCCGAGGGGUACUCGCGCGUGUACCAUCACAGGUGA